AUGGCAGCUGCACUGGGCACGAUUGGGGAAUUCGUUCCGACGGAGGCGCCGUCUUGGCCCUUGUAUUUGGAGCGCCUCGAAUUUUUCUUUCAGGCAAACGACAUCGACGGUAACGAGAAGAAGCGAGCAACGCUCUGCAGCGUUUGUGGCUCAGCAACGUAUGCCAUCGUGCGUUCCCUUUGUUCUCCGGACGCGCCGUCGGCGGUGGCCUACGAUGAGAUCGUCAGGCGUCUCUCAAACCACUUCUCGCCGCGACCGUCGGUGACAGUUCAGCGUUUCAAGUUUGGCACGCGUCAGCAGCAGCCCGUUGUCAAAAAAGAUGGAUCGAUAAGGAUCUGCGGGGACUACAAGAGCACCGUCAAUCGUGUGGUGCAGUGGGAAACGUAUCCUCUGCCAACACCAGAGCAGCUGUUUGCCAGGCUGGCAGGUUGCUCGAAGUUUUCAAAGCUAGACCUCGGACAAGCGUAUCAACAGAAGACUGUUGAUGAAGAAACAGCUGACUUGUUGACGGUGACAACACAUCGGGGACUUUUCCGCGUAACCCGUCUUCAAUUUGGCGUGGCAGUGGCAGUGGCUAUUUUUCAGAGGUACAUGGAAGAACUGUUGCAUGGAAUUGAUGGUGUGCUGGUGUUCUUGGAUGACAUCUUGAUCGGUGGAAGGGAUGAGGCACAGCAUUAUGCUCGUUUGCAAGAGGUGCUCAAAAGAAUCCACGAAGACGGUCUGCGACUGAAAUUUGACAAAUGUCAAUUUUGUGUUGAGGAAGUGCGUUACUUGGGAUUCAUCGUGAACUCUGCAGGUGUGCAGCCGACAGAAGACAAGGUGCGUGCUAUUCACGAGGCCCCGGAGCCAACAUGCAAAAAGGAGCUUCAAGCCUUUUUGGGAGCUCUGAACUUUUACAACAAGUUUCUUAAGGGAGCAGCACAUACCUUGGAGCCACUGUACCGGCUGUUGGACAAGGGUCGCGAGUGGCGUUGGACGGGAGCAGAGGCAGACGCAUUUCGCCAGGCGAAGGAUCUGCUGCAAUCAUCGCAUGUUCUUGUGCACUAUGAUGUCAACAGGCCCCUAGUGCUUGCCUGUGACGCUUCCCCGUAUGGACUGGGUGCUGUGUUAAGUCAUGUGGGGGAAGAUGGUAGCGAGAGACCGGUUGCAUAUGCAUCAAGGACUAUGAGCGCGGCAGAACGAAAGUACGCCCAAACAGACCGAGAAGCGCUCGCCAUUGGCUUUGGCGUUAAGAAAUACCAUCAGUUUCUGUAUGGGAGGCAUUUCAAAAUUGUGACGGACCACAAACCCCUCUUAGGACUGUUGCACCAUGCCAAGCCCAUUCCCCAGGUGCUAUCACCACGGAUGCUGCGGUGGACCCUCAUGUUAUCAGCAUAUGACUAUGAAAUUGAGUAUCGACCAGCAGAGAAGCUUUCCAAUGCUGAUGCAUUCAGUCGUUUACCACUGAGGGCCAGUAAGGCGGAGGAAGAGGAGCAGCGUCUUUGGGAAGUAGGAAUGCUAGAAAUGGCACCAGAAGUAACGUGGAACUCUCGGAAGGUGGCAAGUUUUACGUCAAGGGACAAGCUGUUGGCUAGAGUCUGCAAUUGGGUGCAGCAUGGGUGGCCAGAGGGCAAGCUACCGGAAGAGUUUGCCGCAUUUGUGAUCCGCAAGCAUGAACUGUCAGUGUACCAAGGUUGUUUGCUGUGGGGCAGUCGUGUCGUCAUUCCAGAGCCAGCUCGACCAUAUGUCAUGGACAUUCUUCACACAGCUCAUCCAGGAAUUAUCAAGAUGAAGGGGCUCGCCAGAGGAGCCGUGUGGUGGCCAGGAAUUGACAGAGACGUUGAGCAGAAAGUGAGGGACUGUGCACGUUGUCAAGAAUCCAGGUCUGCGCCAGCAGCUGCAAAAAUUCACCCUUGGGAAUUCACCAAGCGUCCUUGGACAAGACUACAUGUCGAUUUUGCUGGGCCAUUCCAAGGCAACGUCUUCCUCAUUGUGGUGGACUCUCACUCGAAGUGGUUGGAAGUGUGCCGAAUGACUUCCAUGUCGGCAGCGGCAGUUUGUGCGAAGCUUCGUUUUCUUUUUGCUACCCAUGGCAUUCCAGAGACUGUUGUUUCGGAUAAUGGAACUGCAUUUUGUUCGGAGGAAUUCAGAGACUUCAUGUGCCGAAAUCAAAUCCGACAUGUGACCGUUGCCCCAUAUCACUCUUCUUCAAAUGGUCAAGCAGAGCGGAUGGUGCGCGAAACCAAAGAAGUACUCAAGCGCAUGGUUGGAGGCAAUUUCGACACACGUCUGGCUAGGUUUUUAAUGACCCAGCAUAUCCUGCCUCAUGCUACAACAGGCAAAAGCCCAGCCGAUUUGCUAAUGGGCAGAAAACUUUCAACUGUGUUAGAGCGUCUGCAUCCUGACCUGCAGUCCAUUGUGCAGCAGAAACAGGAGCAGGUGAUGCAGCGCCGUAACCAGGCAGUGCGACUGUUUGAAGUGGGGGAUCGAGUGUUUGUGCGCAACUAUCUCUAUGGGCCCAAGUGGUUGCCGGGCAUUGUGGAUUCUGUCACUGGACCAGUGUCGUACUUGGUCGUCACCAAGGAUGGACGUCGGUGGAGACGGCAUGUUGACCAACUCAGAAGUCGUUCUGCCAGCUACGCAUUGGACACUGGAAUGUGCGAGGAGGAGGAAUCGUUGGUUGCUUUCCCGGCAGGGUGUUCCGAAAGCGGCAUUCCUUCAAGCCCAGAGGACCCUGGAAGACGGAACCCAAGAGAAGUACCCAGUACCAAACCUGUUUCCUGUGGUGAGGACAGUGAAGUCAGCGCAUCCCGGGACCAGAGAGAAAUACGAGAAGAGGCUGCAACACCCAGUGCCGAACCUGUUUCCUGUGGUGAGGACAGUGAAGUGAGCGCACCCCUUCAAGUCCAGCGACCACAGCGCCAACGCAACCGUCCUGCGUAUCUGAAGUACUACGUGACGUAG